AUGAAUAUUCUGAUUUGGAAUAGUAGAGGAGCGUUAAAACCCGCUUUCCAGACAUAUGUUCAUGAGUUAACUAGGCGGCAUGAUCUGGCUAUUUUUGUAGUGAUGGAGACUAAAUUGGGUGGUAGCAAAGCCAAGGAAAUCACAGAUAGGCUGCCUUUUGAUGGAGCCAUUCAUAUGGAGACAAUUGGUUUCACUGGUGGGUUGUGGUUGCUGUGGAACGAGGAUCAAGUGGUGAUUCAGAAGCUAGCUAAAACUGAGCAGGAAAUUCACGUAGAAGUAAAGGUACAUGCCUUAAAUCUCUCUUGGAUUUUCUCAGCUAUUUAUGCUAGUCCUAGGAAUGAAGAGAGAUGUGUUCUCUGGAGCAAUUUAUGUAAGGUUGCAAAUUUACAUAAUAUGCCAUGGAUUAUGGGGGGCGAUUUUAAUGAACCUCUUGUGCAAGAGGAUAAAUUUGGAGGCAGGGGUGUUAGUGUGAAUCAGUCUCUGGCCUUUAAAGAUUGCUUAGAUUUAUGCAAUAUGAUUGAUAUGGGUUUUAAUGGUCCAAGGUAUACCUAG